CCUUAUCUCUUCAUUUCAUCUAUGUACCCUUCUUUUCUUUCAGCCCUGUGCUGCUUUCUAAAUGAAGGAUCUGAAUGGGUUUUUGAGUUCUGCUUUAUAUCAUAUGUUAUUUCGGGUUAUCAUCAAUGAAGUCUAACUGUCUAAGGGUCAUUUAAUCCGAAAGGGAUACAAGUUGGUCAGUUUUGAAAUGGAAUGAAGGAUUUUUUCAAGGGUUUAUUUUUAGUUAAUGUUGUGUUGAUGCUGAUGUGUGUGGUGGUGAACUGUCUUGAUUGAUUUGGUUUCUGGGGGACCCGUUUGGAUUUUGUACACUUCUUUUCAAAUAUAUAUCCAUCCAUGAACCUUUGGUGAUCAAAGAAAAAAAAUUUUAAUAGAAAGGAGAGACAGCGAAAAUGCAAGGAGGAUUGCGAUCAUUUUUGUCGCAUGGGAAUGUCAUAAAAAAUGCUGUUUUGCAACGGGUUCGCAUGGUGAAUCCCAUGAUGCAGUCAGUUGCCUCUUCACGGUUUGAAUCUGUUACGCCUGCUCGCAUUGAGGAGCAUGGUUUUGAGAGCACCACAAUUGCAGAUAUCUUGAAAGAUAAAGGCAAGGGUGCAGAUGGCUCCUGGCUGUGGUGCACCACAGAUGAUACUGUUUAUGAUGCUGUUAAAUCGAUGACCCAAAACAAUGUUGGAGCUUUGGUUGUUGUGAAACCUGGUGAGAAGAAGGCAAUUGCAGGGAUUAUAACAGAAAGAGAUUACCUGAGAAAGAUCAUCGUCCAGGGAAGAUCAUCCAAGUCUACUAAGGUUGGGGAUAUUAUGACUGAAGAGAACCAACUUAUCACAGUCACCCCUGAUACCAGAGUUCUUCAGGCAAUGCAACUGAUGACUGAUAAGAGAAUCAGGCACAUCCCUGUGAUUGAUGCAAAAGGGAUGAUUGGCAUGGUGUCAAUUGGAGAUGUGGUCCGUGCUGUGGUACGUGAGCACCGACAAGAGGUGGAGCGUUUGAACGCUUUUAUACAAGGCGGUUAUUAGAUUAUGAUGAUGAAAAUCCCUCAAGGUCAAGGGCACUCAAGCUAAUUUGGAUUAUGUAAUAAGCUUGAGUGCUUGUAAAUAUGUUAUGGCCACAGAGCCUUCCUGUUUGCUUUCCUGUAAUUUCAGUUUCAUGGAGGAGUAGCAGCAUGUUAAUAAUCACAACUGGAUGGAUGCAGUUUGAAUUUGUUUUCAACCAUGUUUCACUAUUGACAUAAUGGAUCUUUAACUUGCAUACUUUGCAAAUGCUGCCUUCUUUUACUAUAUCA